UUGCGGCACAGCAGCCAGAGUCUGGACCGACCCCCCUGGUCACGCCGGUGACAGGUAGUCCCAUGGCCCGCGCUGUGCUCGGGGGAAUCUCAUUGCGCUCUCAUAUCCGCCGGUGAGACCAGACAGGGGGCCCGUCUCAGGUCGCUGACUCGGCCGGUGCCAACCCUCCACCUCAGCUCCCCUCCCAGAGGAUGUUGCACCAGGAUGCCUGCUCCUCUAGGAGUCAGUUCCCUGCUUCCCAGCCGUGCGUGAUCCAUUAAGAACCCUCGACAGCCGCAUGGUCGCCGAGAUGCCCUCGGACUCUCCGCGGCCAUCGUCUUCGAUCGGCUCCCCCCACGCAUGGCAGCCCCGUAUGCUAUCACCCCGACGGACCGCAGCGGGGUGAUUGUGAUCGCCGCGACGCUGUUCAUGUCCUGGAUGGUGCUGGUGUCCCUGUUUCGGGUCUACAUGCGGGUCGCCAUGAACGGACCCCCGGGGUGGGACGACGCCGUGGCCUGGAUCGGAGGAGUGAUUGGCAUUGGGAACGUGUGUGCGAUCCUGAAGGGCGUGGCACAUGGCCUGGGCCGGGCCGAUCCCCGCGACGGCGAGAGUGCCUUGAAGGCGUGGUAUACCAGCGAGAUCCUCUUCCUCACCGGGCAGUGUGCGGCCAAGCUGUCCGUCUGCCUACUGCUGCGACGGCUCGGGCGUGAAACGGCCUAUCUCCGGCUCUGCCUGGGGGGACUGGCCAUUCUCGCCGGUUGGGGCAUUGCCUCCAUCCUGGCCGUGUCGCUCCAAUGCGAGCCUGUCCACCCGUGGAACCUCAUCGGGUGCCGUUCCUUUAUUCCUGCCUGGCGCGCCAUCGCCGCCGUGGACGCGACCACGGAGGCCCUUCUGGUGGGCCUGAGUAUCCGACUGGUGUGGGGAGUGCAGAUGCACCGCUCCCAGAAGGCGACCGUCAUCGGAGCCUUUGGUACUCGCAUUCUGAUUAUCGUCCUGGUUAUCCUGCGUCAAUGUUACCUCGAGCGCGUCGGCUCCGACCCCCUCCUGCUGGGCCUCUCGGACGUGGUGGUGGCCACCGAGGUGCUUCUGCACGGCAGCCUGAUGGCCGCCACCGUGCCCUGUCUCAAACCCUUCGUGAUGGCCUUCAAUACGGGCUGGGGCCAGGGUGGCCAGAAGGAGGGCUCGUACCUGCGGUCGGGCACCAGCGGAGCCACCCCGUCCCAGCCGCAAUCGCAGGGGCGCAGCGCGGACGACGAGGUGGCCAUGCUGGGCUCGAGGGACCUCCGGGCCCGGGACGAUGCCGGAGAGGGCACCAGCGGGUGGCUGAUCCACGAGACGCGCGAAUGGAGUCUGCGCACCGAGUACAUCGAGAUGCGGCCGCUGAAGGGCCGCGGAGAGGAAUAGCUAGGGUACUUUAUCUAUUAUUCAGAAGAAAUCAAGAAUGCAUGACUACAGGAUCUCGGAGCAUGGAAAUGGCCCCCUCGGGGGUGAUGCCCGGCACGCUGACAUCGCGGAAGCCAAAACGUUGAUAUAGAGCGGCU